UAGAACUACUUUCAUUUGCUUUACAUCAACCGCUGAGGUUGUUUUGAUUUUUACAAAACGAAAAUUGGUCAAAUUUUAAGAAUUCAGUUGAUUUGAGUGGUUCAGUGUUUAUUUUUCGAAAAAUGGCAUUAGCAAACAUCGACGAAAACUUGAAAAUUAUUUCCAUUGAUGCAAAAGAUAUGCGAUGGCCUACUUCGUUGGGAGGACAUGGAUCUGAUGCGAUGCACACCGACCCCGAUUAUUCGUGUGUUUAUGUAACGAUCAAAACAAAUGAAACGAUUGAAGGCUAUGGAUUGACAUUCACUUUGGGCCGUGGCAAUGAAAUUGUUCAAAUGGGAAUUAGAGCGUUGAGCACACUUAUUGUGGGGCGUCGAUUGCGCGAUGAUAUCUAUGCACGAUUCGACAAAUUCUGGCGUGAAAUUACCAGCGAAACUCAAAUUAGAUGGAUCGGACCAGAGAAAGGAGUUAUGCAUUUGGCCGUUGCUGCUGUCAUCAAUGCAUUAUGGGAUUUAUGGGCGAAAUUGGAAAAUAAACCACUCUGGCGUCUUUUGACAGACAUGGAUCCAGAGUUGCUAGUUUCAACGAUUGACUUCCGAUACUUGACUGAUGUGAUCACACCAGCGGAAGCUGUUGAAAUUUUAAAACAAGGUCAAAAAUUCAAGCAAGAGCGAAUUGAUGAGCUACUUAAAGACGGCUACCCGUGCUAUACGACACAAAUUGGUUGGCUCGGUUACACCGACGAUUACCGUCGUCAAUUGUGCAAAGAGUAUUUAGCCCAAGGAUUUAAUGCAUUCAAAUUGAAAGUUGGACAAAAUUUGGAAGACGACCGUCAUCGAUGCCGUUUAGUUCGUGAAGAAAUCGGAUGGGACAAUAAAUUGAUGGUCGAUGCAAAUCAAAUUUGGGAUGUGAAUGAGGCGAUUGAAUGGAUGAAAAAGUUGGCCGAUUUCAAAAUAUGGUGGAUUGAAGAGCCAACAUCACCGGAUGAUGCCUUAGGUCAUGCUACGAUUGCCAAAGCACUCAAACCGCUUGGUAUUGGCGUUGCUUCGGGUGAAAUGUGCAUGAAUCGAAUCAUGUUUAAGCAAUUCUUGCAAGCAAAUGCUUUGGAAUUUUGCCAAAUCGAUUCCGCUCGCGUUGGUGGCGUUAAUGAAAUAUUAUCGGUGUAUUUCAUGUGUAAGAAAUUUGGAGUGAAAGUGGUACCACAUGCAGGUGGUGUUGGUUUGUGUGAGAUGGUUCAGCAUUUGCAAAUGUGGGACUUUACCUCAGUCUCUUGCACCAAAACUGAUAGAUAUGUUGAAUAUGUAGAUCAACAGCACGACCAGUUUGUCUAUCCAACUAAUGUGAAAAAUGCACAUUACAUGCCACCAACAGCCCCCGGUUACAGCACUGAGCUGAAAAAAGAUGUUAUCGCGAAAUUUGAAUAUCCAAACGGAAGCGAAUGGCAACGCAUGUUUAAAGAAGGCAUUGUUAAACAUAUCACAUACUAAAUGGAGAUCUUUGACAAAAGAUAGACAAUCACGGAAUUGUCACUUAAUGUAAUUGUUUAAAAAUAGUGAAAAUAAAAUGUCUUACAUCCGUAAGAUGAACUUUUCCGCACUGUG